GACUACUUAAACCGCCUGUGCACCUCCCACAACGCAAUUCUUUUCGCGGCACCCAAAACAUCCCGCUGGCUAGCUAGGCCAGGACUUAAAGGACACAGAUAUGUGGCAACUAUUCGGCGCCAUUCCGCGGGACGCUGACAUCAGUAUUGAUAGCCGAGACGACAUCAAUAGGUUCUACACGAGUCCCAAUCUGGACGCGGUCGAGACUCAGCUGCAUGCCGCUGUGCGCAGAGGGCAAGUAAGCAGAGUGGUGCUUUAUAUUGCCAUGGGUGCCGAUGUCGAAGCCGAAGGCCGCUUUGUGCACCUUGAGCAUGGAACACGCAAAGUGUUCCUCAACUUAACACCCAUCCACCUAGCAGCCUUGACUAAGGAUACCAGUGCGCUCCAGCUCCUGCUCGACUCCGGAGCAAAUGUCACGGCUACCUGGCGUUCGGCUGCGGGUGAACGGACCACCCACAUAUCGUGGCCCGAGACCGGCACAGCGCUGGAUCUGGUGCUGUUGCGGUUACAGGAGGCUGGCCUGGGGGUCCAACAAGUCAAGGAGAGGCAUUUCAAGACGAUCGACAUGCUGCUAGACCACGGCCUAGACGUCAAUGCGCCGAAGCUGAUGGAGAUGGCGAUGGAAACAUUCUCGGCCCCGCUCGUAAAGCACUUGAUGGGCCGUGGCGGUAAAGUCCCGGGAGGGAACCUCGGCCAUUUCUGCCGCGCAGCCGUUAGGAAACGGUCGAUCACUGCCCUCGAGUUCGGGGUGGAGGAGCUGGGAUACCGUGAUCUUGAUCAUGGCCUUGGGGGCUUGAAGUGGGCAGCUGAUUACCGCAGCUACGACGAGCCCUUGGGCCGGAUGUGGAGCUAUCUUUUCUCACGGCUGCAGCACGACCUUGGACCUGGAAAGAGCAUCAACGGCGUGCCCGGAAGGUACGCCGUAUUCCUCAGAGCUGCGCGUUAUGGGAAUGCGAGCGCCAUCCAAGAUCUCCUCAACCACGGCUUCGACGUCAACCGAGUUCUCAAGCCCAUGGACUGGACCCUACUAGUCGCGGUCUGCAAAAUGCACCCAACAUACAAGGUCGUUAGGCUACUCCUUGACGCGGGGGCGUCUGCCGUGGACACGGCGGACUCGGUCGGAACUUCGCCUCUAUCCGCCCUUAGCACAACACCCCGGUUUACGAUGAGCGGGCGCACAAUCGACAGUAGAUGGCACGCUGCCUCGGUCGUCAAGUUACUUCUCGAAGCAGGUGCCGAUCCCAACCACCGCACAGUCAAUCCGGACCACUCGAAGGAUUACACGCCGCUGUCCCGAGCUGUUUUGCGCAAACAAUAUCAUGGCGGUUUGCUUGAAGCACUUGUCGAUGGUGGCGCAGACAUUGAGCGCAAGAGUACCCCUUGUGAGCGCUGUAAAAUGUUUACUCCUUUGAUGAUAGCAGCUGCUACCGAUCGCGGCACAAUGCCUGUCGGAGCCCUACUGAAGGCGGGCGCCAACAUAGAAGCCCGCAGCGGGGCGGACUGCAAUGGAACCACGGCACUGAUUGCGGCUUGUGGUCGAUGCGGCCCAUGGUCGGCUCCGGUGGUCCGGCUGCUUCUAGACGCGGGAGCCGACGUCAACCACUGUGGCGGCCCCGCCUGCUAUGGGAUUACAGCCCUGCACGCAGCCUGCGGUGGCUUUGAGCUGAUGGGCCCUAGCCACGACAUUGUUGAGCUUUUGUUGAAGGCAGGCGCCCAUGUCGACCACGGCGCCGCAUGGCCAGCCGGCCCUGGAGUGACUCCACUGCUGAUGGCCUGCACUGGCCCCCAUAUUCCCGGUAGGACGUCGCGCACACUCAGGCUUCUUCUGAACGCGGGUGCCGACGUAAACUGCCGCUGGGAGGCGUCGCCCGUCGAGCGGAUCGUGGCGGGGAGCACAGCUCUGCACUGCAUCCCGCCCGACCUACCCGAGGCUCUGGAGUGUGUGAAGAUCCUUUUAGCCGCCGGAGCCGACCCUGCGGCGCGCAACGCCCGCGGCGAAACCCCGCUGCACACCCACCUCGGCUGGCUGGCUGGGGUACGAAGGCCGGCGAACUUUGACUUCCUAGUGUCCUCGGAGUGCGUCCUGGUCCUGGCCCAAGCCACCACCGACCGGGGUGCCCUUCGCGCGGCCGACGGGCCUGACCGGUCUGUGCUGCAGCUCCUGGAGACGGAACUCGAGAGGCUGCAGAUCCUACAUAUCGGUUUUGCGCCCCAAAAGUGGUACUACCGAGACGACGGCAGCCUUGCGCACCAUCACCUGGCCGAGGCUGCACGGAUCCUGAGUCGAGACUGAAAACCCCCCUCAUCUACCGCAAAACGGCGUGCGAGGCGGAAGGCUGGCCUUGUCGACCCUUGUGCCUAGGAAAAAAAAACACGGCCAGGUGGAGGACUUUCGAAAGGCACCCCGGUCUCGAAGCGACAGAAACCUGAGUGUUGAGACGAGGUGCCAACAAUAACAACAGCAGCAGCAGCGGCGGCGGCGGCCAUGGUUCGCCUACUCGCACUCGGCGAGGAGGAACAGCUCAGACUGUUGGGUCACGCUGAGUAGAUACAGUAAUUGUAAUAACAAGUUCCGUUCCGUG